AUGAAGGACCCGACUAGUGAGCCCGAGACUCGCUCACAAAACGUGUUGUAUUUCUCGCAAAUUGCGAUCCAAUUGGCCUCUGCAUUGCCCUUGUGGGCCACGUGCACGAUUGCAGCAGCAGCAGAAGCACCGGCAGUCAAAAGAGAUAGUAUUAUCUUCACAAAUUGGAGAAGAAAAUCAUCAAUUAAUAAAGGUAAUACAAAAUGUUAUACCAAAUUUGCUAGUCAAACUAAAUGCCAAAAUCCUAUUAUAAUUACCAUGUCGAGUAUGACGAGCACGGCCCUUGUGAGCUUCGCGCCGCUCUUCAACAUAUGGAAUACGGACAACGCGAGCGAAAGAACAAGGUAUGCAGUUGCUAAGCCGUUCGAGACCAAAAAGAACCUUUUCGUGGAGGUCUCGCGUCUGAGCCUGCAGACGAACAAACUGCGCGAAAAAGGGGAGCGUACGGUUGGUUGUACCAACGGCAAUGGUGCUCCCCAAGGUAGCAAUAGCGGCCACUAUCCUCAUUGCAAAAUCGAUUUUCGAAAGCCCUUUAUUCGGAGGGGCUUUCUCGGGUGCACUAUUAUCCUCGGAGGCCUCACUAACCUCGCUAACUUCGUCUUGUGCGUGUACUUUCUUCAUUUUCGGGUGGUGAAAAUAGCUCGAGAGUCGAGACCUUCGUUUUUCGACCUCACUCGGCCAAUGUUGGAUAUAUUUCCAGUCAUAUUAAAGGAUUUCUAG